GUCGUGGGGUUCACAUUCAAUAAUUUGUCAACUGCGUUUACUGUCGCUUUGACAUGUUAAAAUUUCAAAGUCAUCCUCGUUUUCAUAGGAAAAUCAUCAUUCAACUUCUCGCUUCGCACACAAAAGGACCAAACUGAAUUAUUUUAUAGACAAAAUGGAUGUUUUUCAAGGUGCUACCGCUAAUGUUAACCAGAAAGUUGUAAAAAAAUACGAAAAAUUUGAAGAUGAGGAUCUCUAUAUGAUGUACAAGAAAUUGCAACAGCAGCUGGAGAUUAUUGAAGUCCAGGAGGACUACAUCAAGGAGGAGCAGCAAAAUCUGAAAAAGGAGUUCACUCACGCCCAGGAGGAGGUGAAGCGUAUUAAGGCUGUUCCCUUGGUAAUUGGUCAGUUUCUGGAGGCUGUCGAUGAGAACAACGGGAUUGUGGCUUCCACCACUGGUUCUAACUAUUAUGUGCGUGUCCUGUCCACCAUUGACAGAGAGCAACUCAAACCCUCUGCUUCGGUGGCUCUUCACAAGCAGAGCAAUUGCCUUGUGGAUCUAAUUCCACCAGAGGCGGAUAGCACCAUCACCAUGAUGUCGUCGGACGAAAAGCCUGAUGUGACUUAUUCCGAUAUUGGUGGUCUAGACGUACAGAAGCAGGAAAUACGUGAAGCCGUUGAAUUACCGCUGACUCAUGCACAGUUGUACAAGCAGAUUGGUAUUGACCCUCCACGUGGCGUGCUUCUCUUUGGUCCGCCUGGAUGCGGCAAGACCAUGCUGGCCAAGGCAGUGGCCCAUCACACUACUGCCUCCUUUAUAAGUGUUGUGGGCUCUGAGUUUGUGCAGAAGUAUUUGGGUGAGGGACCGCGAAUGGUGCGUGACCUUUUCCGCCUGGCCGAACAGAAUUCGCCAUCUGUUAUCUUUAUUGAUGAAAUCGAUGCUAUUGCCACUCGACGUUUCGAUGCUCAGACCGGAGCCGACCGUGAGGUCCAGCGCAUUUUGCUGGAGCUGCUGAAUCAGAUGGAUGGUUUCGAUGAGACAACCAACGUCAAGGUGAUUAUGGCCACCAAUCGGGCAGACACUUUGGAUCCGGCUCUAUUGCGUCCAGGUCGUUUAGAUCGCAAAAUUGAAUUCCCAUUGCCAGAUCGCAGGCAAAAGCGUUUGGUCUUCUCCACCAUUACCAGCAAGAUGAGUUUGGCCGAGGAUGUGGAUUUCGAAGACAUGAUAUCACGUCCAGACAAGAUUUCCAAUGCCGAUAUUAAUUCUAUUUGCCAGGAGGCAGGAAUGCAUGCUGUAAGAGAUAACCGUUAUAUUGUUACCUUCAAGGAUUUUGAGAAGGGUUACAAGACCAGUGUUCCCAACGAUGAUGCAGUGCAUGAGUUUUACAAUUAGCUAAAUGAAUAAAUAUGCAGUUUUGAAUGAGGCGCUCAA